CCCCUGUCCCCGCCGGGAGCAGAACCGGUCCGAGCGCCCGCGCCGCCAGUUAAAGUGCUGCAGGACGGGGCAGGGCCACCCGCUCCUUCUCGGCGGCUGCCGCCUGUCCGGGCCCUCGGGCCGAGCUGCGGCGGGAAAAAUUGAAUCACCUCAUUCCCCUCUGUGGAUAAGAAGACUUGGGCAAGAAGCAUGUGGCAUGUCCUGCGAGGCUGGAGGCAAGGGCUCCUGGGCCCACAGGGAGCCCUGGCAUGGGGAACCCUGGGGCAACAGCAGCUCAUGGGCCUUCGUGGUCUGGCCAGUGUGGGUUCCAAGAACAAGGAGGAGUACAGCUACGUGGUGGUGGGUGCAGGCUCUGCAGGCUGUGUGUUGGCCAGUCGGCUCACAGAGGACCCCAAUGAGAACGUGCUGCUGCUGGAGGCUGGGCCCAAGGACCUGCGUGCAGGGAGCAAGCGGCUAUCUUGGAAGAUUCACAUGCCAGCAGCCCUCAUGAUGAACCUGUGUAACAACAGGUACAACUGGUACUACCACACGGAGCCGCAGCCGGGCCUGGACAGCCGGGUGAUGUACUGGCCACGCGGCCGCGUCUGGGGAGGCUCCUCGUCCCUCAACGCCAUGGUCUAUGUCCGGGGGCAUGCCGAGGACUACAACCGCUGGCACCUUGAGGGCGCUGAGGGCUGGGACUAUGCACACUGCCUGCCCUACUUCCGCAAGGCCCAGUGCCACGAGCUGGGUGCCAGCAGGUACCGUGGUGGUGAAGGCCCCCUGCACGUGUCCCGGGGCAAGACCAACCACCUGCUGCACCAGGCAUUCCUGGAUGCGGUGAAGCAGGCCGGCUACCCCUUCACUGAAGACAUGAACGGCUUCCAGCAAGAAGGCUUUGGCUGGGCGGACAUGACCAUCCAUGAAGGCAAGCGCUGGAGCACAGCCUGUGCCUACCUGCACCCGUCCCUGAGCCGCAGCAACCUCAAGGCCGAGGCCCGGACGUUUGUGAAUAGGGUGCUGUUUGAGGGCACCCGUGCAGUGGGUGUGGAGUAUGUCAAGAAUGGCCAGAGCCACAGGGCUUACGCCAGCAGAGAGGUGAUCCUGAGUGGAGGUGCCAUCAACUCUCCACAACUGCUCAUGCUCUCGGGUGUCGGCAAUGCAGAUGACCUCAAGAGACUGGGCAUCCCUGUGGUGUGCCACCUGCCUGGAGUUGGCCAGAACCUGCAAGACCAUCUGGAGAUAUACGUUCAGCAGGCAUGCACCCACCCCAUCACCCUCCACUCAGCACAGAAGCCCCUGAAGAUGGUCCACAUUGGUCUGGAGUGGCUCUGGAAGUUCACAGGGUAUGGAGCCUCUGCCCAUCUGGAAACAGGGGGGUUCAUCCGCAGCAAGCCUGGGGUCCCACACCCAGACAUCCAGUUCCAUUUCCUGCCAUCCCAAGUGAUUGACCAUGGGCGGGUCUCCACCCAGCAAGAGGCUUAUCAGGUGCAUGUGGGGCCCAUGAGGAGCACAAGUGUGGGAUGGAUCAAACUGAAAAGUGCCAAUCCACAGGACCACCCGGUGAUCCAGCCCAACUACUUGUCAACAGAAUCUGAUAUCGAGGGCUUCCGUCUGUGUGUGAAGCACUCCAGAGAAAUCUUGUCACAGGAAGCCCUGGCUCCAUUCCGUGGGGAAGAGCUCCUGCCAGGAAGCCAUGUUCAGUCAGAUAAAGAGAUAGAUGCCUUUGUGCGGGCAAAAGCCGACAGUGCCUACCACCCCUCAUGCACCUGCAAGAUGGGCCAGCCCUCUGAUCCCACUGCGGUGGUGGAUCCACAGACCAGAGUCCUCGGGGUGGAAAACCUCAGGGUCAUCGACGCCUCCAUCAUGCCCAGCAUAGUCAGCGGCAACCUGAAUGCCCCCACAAUCAUGCUUGCAGAGAAAGCAGCUGACAUUAUUAAGGGGCGGCCUUCACUGUGCGACAAAGAUGUCCCUGUCUACAAGCCCAGGACCCUGGACACCCAGCGUUAAGGCCAUUACUGCCCCCUGACAAGCUAAGAGGGCCAGCACAGCCCUUGCUCCGAAUCUCCUUCCUUUAACUGUCUAGAACAUUAGAACUUGGGAGGCACCCUGCUACAUGGCUGAGAACUGGAGAAUUUCUUGAGAAACAAGACUGGUGGUAGGCAGAGAA